AAAUUUCACGGAUACGAAAACUGCAGACUCUCUUAUUCUUCUUAUUCUCUGCCAUUUUUAGCUGCGAAUCUUAAAAGAAUCAAUUUUCUGAAACAAAAAGGAAAAAAAGGAAAAAUAACUGAAGGGUAAAAGAUCUUGUGGAGAUGGCUUCCAACGGAGCUACUAGCUCCGGAAGAGGUGAUAACGCUUCUAUUACGAAGAGGAAUUCCAAGAAACCUCAAUAUUCUAAGUUUUCACAGCAAGAAAUUCCUGCUUGCAAGCCUAUUCUAACACCAAGAUUGGUCAUAAUGACAUUCAUAAUUAUUGGGGUUGUUUUCAUCCCAAUUGGUCUUGUUUCGUUGUUUGCAUCGGAGCAUGUUGUGGAGAUUGUGGACCGCUAUGACAAAGACUGCAUUCCAGAGAAGUAUAGCAAUGAUAUGGUUGCAUUUAUACGAAGCAUAAAAACUAACAAGACCUGUUUGAGGACUUUGACUGUCCCAAAGCUCAUGAAAAGUCCGGUUUAUGUUUAUUACCAGCUUGAUAACUUCUACCAGAACCAUCGCAGAUAUGUUAAAAGCAGAAGUGACAAACAGCUUAGGAGCAAAGCAUUUGCAAGUGAAACGAGUACUUGUUCCCCUGAAGCUACCACAGCUAAUGGGUCUGCAAUUGUUCCUUGUGGCCUUGUUGCUUGGAGCUUGUUCAAUGACACAUAUGGAUUUUCUGUAAAAAACAAGGCCUUAGAAGUCAACAAGAAAAAUAUAGCAUGGAAAAGUGACCAGGACUAUAAGUUUGGCUCUGAUGUCUUCCCUAAAAAUUUCCAGAGCGGUGGCUUAAUUGGCGGUGCCAAACUUAAUUCAAGUAAACCUUUGAGUGAACAAGAGGAUCUUAUUGUUUGGAUGAGAACUGCGGCACUGCCAACUUUCAGAAAGCUGUAUGGUAAGCUAGAGGUUGACCUUGAAGCCCAUGAAAAGAUAACAGUGCUAAUACAGAACAACUAUAAUACCUAUGGCUUUGAGGGCAAAAAGAAACUGGUUCUUUCAACUACCAGUUGGAUAGGAGGGAAAAACGGUUUCCUGGGCAUAGCAUAUCUUACAGUUGGUGGUGUUUGCUUGUUCUUGGCAAUAAACUUUGCACUAGUGUAUGUGUUCCAGCCAAGGCCGCUGGGGGAUCCAUCCUUCUUAUCUUGGAACAGAAAUCCAGCGGGAUAUUUUAAUUAAGGCCGGGUUCUUGCUUCCAGCUUCCAUUUCCUGGGCAGCACAAUGCUUGCAGGGCCACGAUAGUCUUCCUUGGACAAGGAUCUUUCUCCAUAAAACAGUCUGAUCAGGGUGAUAUGAGCGAUCAUUUGUCCAGGACAGAAACCUGAAUGUAUAUAAUAGAAGUUCUAUUUGUGAAAUAGAAAUCCUUGAGCUUCAGUUGUAUCUAGUUUCUCUUACCAGGCUGAGUUGUUGAGUAUCAUGUUCCGUGUAAUUGUUCCUAAUUUAUGUUUUUCUUAAUGUUAGAGCAAAGUAAUGUCAUAUACUUUUAAGA